AUGUUGGGAAUUUUCAAGCGUGUAGUCACGGCCUAUCUGGCCUUGACAGUCACCGUCCAGCCCUCCCUCGCAUCUAUCGCUGCCCAUCCCGACACAGCCCAUGUCCUGAGUCAGGAAUUUCUGGAGAGAUCGCAAUACUCAGACGCCAUCGAGUACGGACAGUGCUACAAGAUCAAGAAUAAGGAUGGAGAAGACCUCGGUCAUCUGCCAGCCUAUCCGAACUGGAACUACCUUGGGUUUGGGUCAAACGUCAAGGCUGCCCAUUUCAAGGUCUGCCAGAAUCUCGGACGCUGCAAAGACCCAAACAGAGGAAGUCAGGAACUCUACACUGGCGCUCGUUUCUGGCUCUUCGAUGUCGAGGGAAACACCUACUCGCCACGUGGAGAAUUUGUUGCGUCAAACUCUCCUCCUUUCGGCGCAAACAGGAACAUGUAUCCUGGCGGCCUUGGGUAUCGGUACUAUGUUAACUUUUGGGUUGAUAACGACUGCACCGACUCAGAGAACCAUGCAUCGCGCCGCUGCAAUGUCAAACUGCACAUUGACAACUUGCGAGAUGACAAGGGCUUGGCCAUCCAAGGAAAUGCUUUAAAGACUACUACAAAGGAUGAUUCUAUCAUUGUGUCUUUUCAUGAGGUAGACUGUCCGGACACAAAGAUUCUGCAAGAACAAAACUAUGAUCUCUGA